UGUGGAACUCUCCUUUACCAGGGGCAGAUAUAUCACUACUUCCGACGCAAAUGCCGACUGACGAUCCUCGGGAUUAGAUAUUCCAGAAACUUCUGGCAACACUUCGAUGUUUCUACAUAAAUCUUGUUAAGCGCAGAUUUAUAGAACAAACCCAUGCGUGCGCAGUUAUGAGGAGGAGCGUGGUAUAGACUGACUAAACCUUCAGCUGUGUGGAAGUCGGAAUCAGUUGAUACAGGAGGAACAGUUACUGAGUACUCGAGAUGGCAGAACCUGGUGACAAUGGUGGUGGCCGAGGCCCAUCCAGAAUACCUAAAGACAUGAAGGGUCUUCUCCAGUUCUGUGUCCAGGCCACACAAUCAGAGGAUCCGACCACUUCAAGUGAUUUUAGCCAGAUGUCAGAAGAGCGGCGGGAAUGGCUGGAGAAGGCACUGACUGACAUGAGCAUGAGCCCUGUAGAGAGGAUGCAGAUUUGUAUUGGUGUGGUCAGGAUGGAGAAAGAUGACGAUGAUGGUGUGGAGAAGAAAAUAACUGCACUUGAGGAGAUUGUUGAGUGGGCAGAACAGAUUGACUUUGCUAUAGACUUCCACAAGAUAGGAGGGUUUCAAAUCCUGCCUGUUCUGCUGAACAGCGAUGUUCCUGAUCUGCGAUGGACAUGCCUGGAUCUGAUCGGCACAUUGACACAGAACAACCCGUACUGUCAGGCAGCUGUACUGGAGGCAGAUCUCCUCCCCACACUGCUCCAGCUUCUGGACACUGACGUUGACACAACUGUCAGGACCAAGGCUCUGUACGCCAUCUCGUGUUUAUCUCGAGAUAACAGUGAAGCACAGAAAGUCUUCGUGGACAAGGAUGGCUUCUCUGUGUUGAUGCGGGCGAUGCAGUCUGACGUGGAGAAGCUCAAGAUAAAGUCAUCCUUCUUCCUCACCCACAUGUGCUCCAACCAACCAGCUUAUAAAGACAUCCUGUGUGAUAUUGGCAUGAUUGAUCAGCUGAUCGGACACCUAGGGGAGGACCACAGUCAGCUACAUGAACACCUGAUUAGCGCGUUGCUGACGAUCAUCACGGACCACAGUCGCGGAGUUACGGAGUGUCAGAGACCAGAGCUGCAGCUGCACCAGCUGCUGAAAGACAGAAUACAGCUGAUCAAAGACCAGGAGGAGUUUCAGGAGGAGAAGCAGUACGCCACUCAGCUGCUACACGUCAUCUCCGGUGGGGACUCACCUGCAGACUGUGGGGCCAGGUGAAACUGGCCGGAUGCAGGUCCAGAGGUGCCCGGACCACGUGACCAGCCUCCAGCAGCUGUGAUGGCUCAGUGAGCCUGGCGAUAUGCCGAUGCUAUAACCGACUGUUGAUGUGCACCAUUGUCCAUGGAAUCUGUGAUGUCAGCUCUUGUGGGCCAACUCCUAUGUUACAGCAUGUGCACCAUUGUCCAUGGAAUCUGUGAUGUCAGCUCUUGUGGGCCAACUCCUAUGUUACAGCAUGUGCACUGUCCAUGAAAUCUGU